UGCUCUGGAUGUAGGGAGCAACACACCCAAGUAUCGCCGAAGUCGCACCAACCUCUUCCUCACAGAGUUUCACUAAUACCGGGUACUACACAGUCAGGUCGGGUGACGAUGCUCGCAGUGCAGUGAUUUUCGCUUUUUCUGUAGACCUGUUCACUCCUGUUUACUCGGUUGAGCUGUUUAGUGCUGUAGCGUGCAGGCAAUACCCUCGGGCCCGACACCGAGUUGGCCCUACGCAAGCUCUUCUCCCGGCACGUCAAUCGUCAAAAGCAUUGCCAGCUUGGCUCUCGCACUGCACGAGAUCCUCUUCGCCGUCAACCCCCAAACAUCUGGAGCUGGACCGGCUGACAAGAACUGUAGGUCUACACUGUACUGUGCGAUGGACGCCAAGCAGGUAUCGUAGGUCGCCGUAAAAUCGCCGUCCGGUAUCGUUUACAUACUUUGCAGCGGGCUUUGACUAUGAGUAUGAGGGAGGAAUGAAUGAAUGAACGAACAUCCAGGUUUAGUCUCACUGCAAAUAUCCGCACGCCAACGUCAAGCUUGGCCUCGGUGUCGACGUUUGCUUGCUUCGCCAGCUCGCAGUCUCAAUCAAGCGUGAACACUAGUGAUGUCGGCUGAGCUGUGGAAGUCGAUUGGUGACUCCGGCACGCCCCUUCCGCUUCGCCGUGCGCGUGGGGCUGGAUUUCUGAAGAAAAAAACUUUCGAGGGAUCAAUUCUGAUCGGUAUGGGAGCUUGAUGUGACAGGUCCAGUUCAAUGGCCGCCGACCAGGCACAGGAACCGGUGGCCAUCGUGGAGAGUCACAUGGCGGCGUUCCCCCGUGUGCUGGGUCUCAACGUAGGCGGCACGCUGUACACGACGACGUGGUCGACGCUGACGCGACACAGCAGCGCCGAUACCGAUGUCCAAUCGGAGAUGCUCGGCGCUAUGUUCAGCGGUCGUCAUGCCAGCGUACCGCAGGACGCCGAGGGACGGUACUUCAUUGACCGGGACGGACGACACUUUCACUUCAUUCUGAACUACCUGCGGCACAAGCAGCAGCCGAAUGCGGCGGACGUGUUCGUAGUACACGAGGAGGCGAGCUACUACCAAGUGCCAGGCUUGCUGAAGUGGUGCGAGUGCCAGCCGCUGUGGAAAGCUCACUGCCUGCACAAGUCUCUGCAAAGUUCUGUUUCAAGGCACGACAUUACACUCUUUGGUCAAGCACUCAUACAGUGCACCAUUGAUCGUACCGGAAAGCCUGUGCCCAACGCCGAGAAGUGGAUGUUUGAAAGGCCCCGGGUUCCCGGUGACAAGUCCAUGCUUUAUAGUCGAUUGAGAGUCGCCGUUAUAGAAGGCACUGGCCAGCUUGGAAGCCAGCACAGGAAACAAAACACCAAAAAAGCACCAUCGCCCCGCAUGCAGCUGGUCGGUGUCGAGGCACACUGUGAAAUAGGCACAGCAGAACACAAGCACCUGUUCGAUAGUCUCCCAGCACGAGAUUCACACGUGGACGUACUGCUUCUCAGCCAGCCGGUCCUGGGCGGACACGGCCCGUCCGCUCUGGACUUGCUGGUGGCGAAGACCAACGGUGAACUGGCUGGUGCGGGCAUGUGCGUUCUACGCGAGGCAAAUGCUGACGGAAUGCCCUUCCGGUGUGUAGAGUGCAACGCUACUCUUCGGAUUCAUGCCAUUAAAUUGCACGUCGACCUGGGACAAGGAAUCUAGCAUCACCACUGUUCCUGUAUCCAGUCAGCGCGGAGUUUCUAUUGGCAGCGAUCCAGAGCACCUGGCCAGGCAACACUGAUUCAAUUCUAUGAGUGCCAGGUUCCAGGUCACUGAGGUUGCAAUGCCAACAUUCUGCUCAUGCGUGCUUAGUCUCCCUUUGGUGCGUAAUCGCUGGACAGCACACUGAGUGGGACAAACAAGGGGAACUGAUCAGCAGUUAUUACAACUGCACAUAGAAUAACACUUUUGCAUCAUCUAGCUUUAUUACACUGAGAACUGAGAUCAUCAAAAUAUAAAUGCCAGAAAGUCCAGUUGAUAAUAUAAUUCCCAGGGAUAACAGACAGCACGAGUAUUACAGACAUUGGGGCUAAACAAAACGAAAAUAUAUAAAUAUUUACACGUUGAACUCUAAGGGGAGCUCCGGUGUGGACUUGAUGUAUCUCGGCUAGAGCACUGUUGCUAGUACCCACGCUUGCGCUCAGGCGAACAAGCAUGUGUUUGCGUGGGUGGGUGCAUGUGCGGGUAUGA